AUGAGUUUUCUCGCCUCGAUCGCAGCAGGAAUCGCGGGAAAGGUAGCUCGAGAAUACGUCGACGGGCUAGUGGGAGGAACGGCAGAAGCUCUCGUCGAAAAAGCGAAGACUGAGAUAUUUGGCCGGCCGUCCACCAGCAGGAGCACGACGGGUGUCAAAACCAUCAAAGAUUACGGAAAGGUUCAUGGCCGGACGUUCGUUGAAGGGGAGGGAAGUAGCGCUCGUAGCACUACGCCUGCGUAUCGGCCGCGGCUGAGAUCAGGGUCAAGUAGUAAGAACACGGAGGAAUGCGAGCCUGAAGUUGUGAAAAGUCUCGCGGAUGUAUAUCAAGAGCUUCGAAUUGAAAACCCGGAAGAUCAGAUACGUGUAGUCACUUUGACACCGGGAAGUCUGGACGAUCCGCUAGACUUCCAGAUGAAGUUGGUCAACUACUGGGAGAAAGAUUACAUAGCUCUAUCCUAUCGCUGGUCCACCGACUCUCGCGAGAUCAUCAUCGAUGGCAAAACGGUCAAAAAGCUCGAGUACAAAGAAAUGGUUAUCAACGGCGUAACUGUCAAAAGCGUCUUCACGAACUUACAUUCCGCGCUCCGAUAUAUCCGCGCUCGUCUCACUCGCCCACGAAAUAUCUGGUUCGAUGCGAUAUGUAUCGACCAAACGAGUCCUCUGAAAAUCGGCUCCGAGAAGUAUCAACAGCUGUUGCUCAUGGGCGAGAUAUAUGCUUGCGCAGAGGAGACGGUGAUAUGGCUAGGCCCACCGAGUCCGCAGAGCGACAAUGCACUUUCGCACUUUUCGUCGCUGGAUAGGGUCGAUUUGAAGAGUCUUAUCGAUCGGUACGAGCGAGACGAGAGAUUCUGGCUCGACUUUGGAGAUGGAGUGAUGAAUCGAGAUUGGUUCGGACGGGCGUGGAUGGUUCAGGAACUUGCGUGCUCGAAUGAGGUGGUGUUCAUGUGUGGGUAUCAGCAAAUGGAUCUCCAGCGGUUCUACGAUCUCGUGGAAUUUACUUACUCAAGCGGGCGACCGUUCACAAGGCAAGAAUCUCCUUAUAGUGAAGAGUUCACUUUCCGCUGGCGAUCGUUCUUGGAAAUGUACGUCGCGCGCCGGAUGUGGAAGACCGGAGGCGCGCUUACAAGUAUGGCUUCAUGGCUGCAAAAGUUCCACGCCUGGGGAUGUCAAGAUAAGGAAGACCGGAUUCUGGCGUUCAUCGGGCUGUAUCAUGAUUACCAAGGCGAGCUAUUCGGCGUGGAGUGGAAGGAAAUGUAUACCAGAGUCACAACGGCCGUCUUAGAAGCAGAAGGAUACACGGACUUCCUCGCUCUUGGUCGAGGACCCUAUCGAGAUCCGACGCUUCCAAGCUGGGUCCCUGAUCUGAGUGUGCCCUAUACAUCAGAAGCUCAGGACCCGCCGCUUUGGUGUGGAUGGGGAACCGUGAAGCACGGUAGGAAAUUCAAUAGUAGUGCCGACACGAAGUUCGAUGGUUCUAUUGAUAUCAACACAAAUUUGCUUACCGUCCGCGCGAGACUCGUCGGAGGAAUCACAUCGAUGAGUCGGCCACACGAUACUGGUUACGCAUGCAUUCGCGAAUCCAGGAACCUCGCGCUUCGGGAAAACGUACAUGCAGGGUAUUAUCGCUCUGGCAGUACCGAGACCUGCGUAGAUGCUCUUGGUAGCACGCUGGUCUGGGAUCUCGAUUAUAUGGGUUACCGCUGCGCGGCACAUCGAGGUUUCUUCAUGGAUGAAGACGAUAUUCCAGCUGGGUUUCUUGAGAAUUAUACGGGGGAUGCUACGGGACGGGAAGCUGCGUGGGAGGCACAGGUUCAGGAGUCGAGACUGAAAUAUAGACUUGGGAGAAGGUUUGGGACGGUGCAAUGUCUUGAGCUUUCCCACGUCAUGUAUGCGAUGCUUCCGCCCGAGACCAAAACCGGGGAUGUGGUAUUUGUGUUGACGGGUGCGACUAUUCCAAUGGUGUUCCGACGGAGCGGGAAGGAUUUUACAUUAAUUGGUGGCUGUUAUGUUCACGAGGUCAUGGACGGCGCGGUGUUUGAAGGGAGUACGAGUGUUUGGAAAGAGAGUGAAAUAUCUGUCAGAUGA